CAAAGUGAUGUGACAUUUUAUUUUUUAUAUUUAGUGCAAUACUUAACGAGAACUGUUAACCAAAAUGGUGUUACCAAGUUCAACUACGAAAAAAAGUAAGAACAAAAGUGUGUAUAGUGUAGUAACAUGUUUUAUCAGUGCGUGUCGAAAAUUAACUAGUUUUGAGAGCGUUUAUGCGGGUCUUUUUGUGUUAUUUGUGCCAUCAGUGUUCAGUGAAACAGAUUGGUCAAACCAGCUAACUUACGACCAGAUAUACAACGGUACGAAGUACGCCCAAAUACCCACCGUCUCCAGGCCAUAUACCUCAGUCAGUAGUUUAUUGAACCACCACCGAAACAACCCUAGGUUUACUUACAAUGAGACGGAGAACGAAGUUGAGAGUACUCAUCGGUUCAAUGAUGCAAGUGGACCGAUACUGGUUGGGUUUGCAAGAGACCCCUUCAGGUAUUCUGUGCCGGAGGAUGAUUAUAUGAAAGGAGUCAGGAACAUAGAUCCUCAAGUGUACAUGAGUAAGUCAGAGAACCGCGGCAAGCGUGGCGUCUUCCACCUGUACAAUAUGUUGUACUGUGCUACUGGCUGCGAUCCUUUGUCUUAUAAGGGCUAUGGGUGUUACUGCGGGUUCCUGGGGUCGGGGAGACCUACGGAUGGCAUUGAUAGAUGUUGUAAGCUCCACGACGAGUGCUACGAGAACAUCUACUGCCCCUUCUACACGGUGUAUCUGCAGCCUUACUUCUGGAAGUGCUACCACGGACAGCCGCUGUGCGCGCUCGAGAACUUUGACACGCAGAACGAUGUUGUCAACGGCUGUGCCGGCAGGCUUUGCGAGUGUGACAGACAAUUCGCGAUGUGUGUGCGAAGAUACCGGUGUCCGAGAAAGCGCGCCCUCUGUCGCUCCUCGCCUAUACGACUGCUACAAAACUUGCUUAUGUUCCGAUGACGAAUACAACUAGCUUUAGUUAUAAUGAUUACCUCAGCUAAUAAUAGUGAUCAAGGAUUUUAUCUGAUAUUAAAAGUGAAAAUAUUUCAGUAUGCGACAGCCAUUUAUAGAGAAAGGUUUUAGGCUACUUUUUAUCUGGGUGGUCGAAAUAGUUAACACGGGACGCGGCUAGAAACCGCUGGGGGAAGCUAGUAAACCUUUAAGAUGUGUAGGUUCGGUACAUAAUCUUUAAAAUUUAGUUCAAUUUUUCUCAUCAAACGAUAGUUUGCCAUGACUUACUGAUACACGAACACGUUUUUAAAGGGACAUUAUAAUCGGGUGUGGAAACAUAGUGGUAAUUUUUGUAAAUAUUAUAUUGUACAUAAACCCUAUAGAAAAUCCUUUAAAC